UUUUAACAGCGCCUCCUCGCGGAAAUUAAGCUAAACUCAACUCAAUUAAACAGCUCGAGUUUGGCAAUCCUGAUUCUGAACACUUGGCGUGCAGAGUGGGGGAGGGUAGAGGUCUAACUUUACACCAGUCAUCGGCAGUACUUGUUCCCGUGCCCGCAGUUUCGAAUCGUCCGUCAUUCGUAGACGAGAGUUUGGUGCAAAGAACUAGUUUACUAGAUACGCGUACACGGUAUAUAUUUUUGUGCUUUGUGAGUGUGCGGAUUGCGCGGCACAGCAAGUCGAAAUUCAACCGGAUUCCGCGAUCGAAGGGAUCUGAUGCUCCGCUGAGAAUUAUGUCGAAUACUGAUGCAGGAUUACGAUCGGUCACACGUCAAGUCAGCUGACAUAUUGCGCCCUGCUACACCACAACAGAUAUUGCUCGUGGAAGAGGUAGAGGACAGAAUCAAAGAGGUAGAGGCACAGGCUCUGCACCUUGGUUGAAUCAACAAAAUCAACCAGGAGGCUCUCAGACAGGAAGAGGACGAGGUUAAAACGACAGGAAAUGUACAUUUAUGAAACAUAGAUUAAAGAAAAGAUGAUGGAUGUAUGACCAAUCUUUGUACACACACGAGCACGCGUUCAUAAAAGAUGUUUCUUCAAAUUCCGUUCUGAUUAGAUACAAAAGUAUUAAAGUAAAAUAAACCAUUUUUCCAUACGUGACUUUCAAGAUAUGUUCUCAUUGUAUUUUUAUAUAACAUUUCCCAAAAUAAAAAAAGCAAUAUGUAUUAUAUUGUAAUAAUUUAUGCAAUCUCGUGGUCUGUUUAAUAUUGUACUUUCGACAAUUGCAAAUAUUCCAAUGAGUGUUUUAAUUCAUGAAUGUUUGUUGUUCGACGAUAUUGGAGAUGUUUCUGUGCGUUCGUUUAGUUGGUCCAACAACUUCAGAUCGCGCUGCGAUCGACGCGAUCGGUAUUAUGCGGCGCGAUGUCAACGGUUUGCCUUGCACCAUGCGACGUGGUCAACGUAGACGUCAAGAAUUGUGAAAAUAAUUAACAAUUGAAUUGUUAAAAGGGACAUCAAUGAUUUUUCUUCAUACCCAAACUCUUCGCUGAUAUUCACAGUUCGUGUUUUCAUGUUAAUUGAUCGAUUGAAUUAAACGUUAUAAACAAAUCUUUUUGGCGACGAAAAGGCUGUCGUAAUUAAAGAAGUAAAAUAGUAAAACACGUCAAUAUGGAGAGAAGCACGGGGCAAAGGUACGAGGACGAAAUAACCGAGCAGCCAGUGGAUUACAGUAAGAAGUACAGCGAAAGGAAAACUGAGAACUCCGCACGAACUGAUCGAUCUUGUAAAAAAGAAUUCGGCGAACGUGAUUCCAAAGUUGACUUAUUUGGAGAUUAUGCUGAAACUGAUCUCGAUCAACCGACAGAUUACAGCCUACGAUACGCCGAGGACGAUACCGACGAUGACGAAAAACAAAGUCCCGAAUAUUUUCCUGGAAGCGUGCAGGAAGACACUGUGAAGACUUACUGCACUGAAGGAACUCCAUACGAAACGCCUUUUAACUUUUCAACUGCAACUUCUAUGUCUGAUUUGCGUCUAGAGGAUGCAAAGGAGUCUGUAGAUCCGCAGAAAAAGCUCAACAAGAAAAUCCUUGAGCUUAACCGUAAGGAAGAUUUGAAUUAUGAACAUACAAUGCCGAUUAAUUGUAACGAAGACCGUUCGCUUCUUGUUGAGAAAGAAUUGGAGACCUCUAAAGCUUCCGAGUCAUGUAAAUCUAACUGCCUUUCUAAUGAGAAGUUAAUUAAUUAUUAUCAAGCAGGAACGUCUGAUGGUUUUUCACGUGCUCCUUCUUUGUCUUCUCUUGGCAGUGCAAUAGCACAAAGAAAUAAUGCUACUGGCAUUAUUUCCAAAGCACCUUCUACAGAUUCCUCUGACAAAGUUGAUAAUGUGUCAGAGAGAGCAGAUCGUACCGUGGUCCGUAUUUCUGAUGAAAAUGAUAGUUCCACAGAAGGCAAAAAUAAUUCCAGAGUUGUAGACAAAGAAGGCAAAAUGGUUACAUUUAGUAGGCAAGACUACUAUGCAGAGCAAACCCCUUUAAUGUUCUCACGUUGUAGUUCUUUAGGUUCACUGAGUGGAUUUGAACAGCAUUCCAUACAUGACGAUCGUAGUUCCAUUAUCAGUGAUUUCAGUCGCAGGACUAGCGGCAUUGUAUCACCAAGUGAAUUACCAGAUUCACCAACACAAACUAUUCCUCCAAGCCCUCGUAAUCACAAAAACCAAUGUGCGGAUUUUAUAGGCAAAAUACCAGAAGAAGCAGUAAGACCGCCAGUUCGACAUUUAUCAUAUUCAAAGUGCCACGUGCCGAGAACUAGUGUUUUUGAGGACGAUAUCGCCACGUUUAAAGAGGAGUCAACUCCUAUUGAAUUUUCCACAGCUACCAGUCUUAGUUCUUUGACUAUUGAUGAUGAAAUGAAAAUUCCCAAAAUGAAUAUUCCUAAACCUACGAAUGAAUUAGAGGAAUCACCGAAUGAGCUUGAUAAAGAUAUUAAAGAAAAUUCGUCAGAAGAGAAAGUUAACAAUGUAGAAAUUGAAAAGGAUCAAGAGCAAGUGAGUGAUGGGGACGAAGAUGAUGAAGACAUGUUAGCUGCGUGCAUCAGUAUGGGAAUACAAAAUAAUAGAUACAGACAAUCUUUCAAGUCGUCCAGUGUCCAAAAACCCAUACAAUCCGAGUCGUCAAACAUCUUGGUACGCUGCCAGAGAACACCAGUUUUAAACAGAUUGGAACCUUCAGUUCCUAUUGCCGUUCCUACUUCCGUGGAUACUCCAGUGAACACAUCAAAAUCUAACAAGUCUGCGAUAGAGGUUGCUGCUGCUUCAGAUACCGUGCAUGUUUAUUGCACGGAAGAUACACCAGCCGACAUUUCUCCAGUGGGUUCGCAAUCGAAUCUUUCAGCCCUGUCCAUGCCGAGCGUUCAGGAAGACGUAGAAAGAAUCGAGGAAGCUAAAUCUUCGGCGGAUGCAGUCGAAUGUCACAGAAACGAUUUGUCGGAUGAGAGUUCUAAUCUCUCUGGUGAAGAUGAAAAGAUUCUUGACGAAUGUAUUCAGUCGGGGAUACCAAAAGUUAGGCAAAUAACUCCACCGCCAACUAGUUGUAUUCCCUUUGUUCAAAAAACAGAAGUGUUGUCACAAAGAUUCAACAUAUGUGGAACUCCGUCAUCGUCUCCUGUCGAAAGUGGUAACAAAAAUUCUGUUCUUCGAAAGCCGAUGUGUCGUGCAACGCUAGAGCACGAAAACGAUCUCUUCGACGACAGCCCGAAUCAUUCGGACGACGAAGCCAUUCUCAGCGAAUGCAUAAGGGCGGCCAUACCUAAGGUUAAACUGAAUAUUUCAACACUUAUAGGAGCGUUGCCACAAAUUGCAGAGAAAUCGAAGAUAAUACAACCGAGAAAACCGUCGUUGUGUACAUCAUAUCGACAAUCGGAGUAUACCGAGGAUAAUAAAGAUCAGUCGAAGAAGUCUGUAUCAUUCGAGGACAAUUUAAGUCUCUCAGAAGAAGAGGAAGACAUCAUGCUAGCUCAAUGUAUUAAAUCUGGUAUGCCGAAGGCGUUGAACGUUUCGUCGAAUUCAUCCUUGCUGUCUGUAAAGAAACAACUGGAAUACCCGAAAACGAGAAACAUUGCCAGUACUUCGUCUUACUACGUGAACAAACCGUGUCUGAUAAGAAAUCCGACACUGCAAGCUCAACCACUCCAUAAAUCCGUAGAGAGUGAUUUUUAUCUACAUGGAGGAACUCCCUGCACGUUUCACCCUAUGAAAGUUCAGGAAAGUAGGAGACAUAUUGUUAAGAACGGCGGAAUCAGUACAUACGAAAGAACGAAUCCUGUGCCAUCUUACACUAGGAAAUUUCUCCACUCAGAACACGAACAUAACAGUAUGAACGAAAACAUUCUGAAUACAUCGCGUUCUGAAAUUCCCAAUUGUAGGUCUCCGGUUCUAAAUGAAAACGACGACGACGAACCGUGUAGGAAUAUAACGAAGUCGAAUGUAGUACCUUCGAGACAUAGUUCAGUAAGUUCCCUUAGCGAGGAAGGUUCGCUCGGUUCCAUCGAGGAAUGGGCUCUACUGGAGUUGUGCAUUAGUUCUGGGAUGCCCAGGAACAAGUAUCGUCUCAAGGGAAUGAAGAACACAGAGGGAAAUGUCAACGAGGAUUGUGACACUAUAGCCGAGGAUAAUUAUUCGAUAUGUAGUUAUAACUCGUACGUUUGUAAGACCUAAACGAAACACAAGGAUUAAAUACCUACAGAAAGAUUAAAUACUUUUUUACGAUAAUCAAGAAAAAAAUGGCAAUCAAAUGCGCGUAUUUGGCGAAGGAGAUCAUUAUAGUUCUGUGAUUAAUAAAAACUUGCAAUACAAGAUAUUCCAAAACCACGCAUUAAUUAGGUAGAAAGUAAUAGGAUGUGAUGAAAAGUAUACGCUUCGUUCGAGGAAGAUAUAUUUCAUCUCACUUUUUUAUUUGAACAAUGAAUAAAUAAAGAUUUAGGAAGAUGUGAGUUUUAAACAACUACUGCUAUGCGUUAGGUGUUUCUAUGGGGAUUUGGGUACUUAUUUAUUGGUUUAAAACUUAUACGAGAUGAAACAUAUAUUUAUUAAAAGGUAUAUCUUUUUUUUUAUGAUCCUUCAUUAUCUGUUAUUUAAUCAAACCAUAGUUUCGAAACAUCGAGGAGAUGUAAUUAUUUUUAAAAGAAGGUACUUCUCUUUUCUUCCAGUUCUCGAGAAAUCAAUUUUUUACAUCGAAUAUCCUCGAGGAAUAAAUUGGAAAUCAUUUAUGAUUUUUCGGGAAAUACUAUUGUAUUUCUAAAACACGUGAUUCGUGCAAUGAAUUUAUCGAAGAAUCAUUGAUAGAUCAUUCCUUUUUACCUUAAGUUUUUUAAAAGUUUUUAGGUAGAAACGAAGAAAUUGUAUUGUUUGAUCCAGCUUAGGUACUUUUUUUUUUAUUAUGGAUAUGAAGUUAACAGUUAUGACAAAUACAUAUAUUUGCAAUUAAUAGUUUCAAUCGUUAUAUUAUUAUAGCUUAAUAAAGUUUGGAACUCUAUUGUAAAAGUAUUUCUUUUAUACAAUUUUACUCUUUUAAAUUGAAAAAUUUGUUGUCUUCAUAAUCUUCUCUCCCAUUUCCUCACUUUUCCAGAGUAGAGUUAGUGGAAGAUUUACCGUAAACUUGCAAAUCUAUGGUAUAAAGGAUACCGAGUACUGUAGUUUUCUUACGGAAUACAAAUUUACAGUUAGCAAUUUUUGUAUCGAAGCAUUAAUUUCCGGACUGGAAAAAUAACGUGUAUCGGUGGUUCACCGUUUGCGAAGAAAAGAAAGAAAAAAAAGAAAGCACUGCGAAGCACUGUGUGGCUCUGAUAGUAAUUGCCGUACGUUUUAAAAUUUAACAGGAUCCUCUUGCGCAGUUAAACUAACUUUUACAAAUUACAACUAACUGGUAUCAUAAAUAAUUCUUGCGUGACAUUAAUCUGCUUGGGUUUUAAUGAAAUUCUACAAACUGCAAAUUAUCUAAUUAUCCUACUUGACACAGAAUUGCAACGUUGUAUAAAAAAAUGUGUACAACUUGAAGCUUGCAAUUUCCC